CCCUCUUCAAAUAUUUUUGAAUUCAUUCACUCCUUCUUCUCUCUCCUCCACAAAUUUGAGUGAGUUAAACUAACAAUCAAAUUUUGGGUUUAAUACAGAACAACGGUUGGAGUAAAUGCUAAGAACCUUCCUUCCUUUCCUUUCUUCUACUGUUCACCAAUCAUCUUUUCAUGGUUGCAUUAGUAUUUGUCUAGAAAGUUAAAGAGAGAGAUUAAAUACUGAGAUAAAUUUUUGGGUUUAGAGAGAGAAAGAGGAAGAAGUAGUGAGAGGGAAAGAUGAACAAUAGGCAAAUGCAGAGAUCUGGGGUUUCAAAUGCCCAUCAUCAAAGACAGUAUUCUGAUAAUUUUUUGGAUAAUGGGUUUUGGCUUCAGUCUAAUGGUGCCCAACAGGAUUAUGGGUAUUAUGCACAAGGAACAAAAGGAAGUAGGAACGGUCAGAGGGGUUACGGUGGUGGAAAUGGGGACUUUUAUACAGAGCCAUCAACACCACCAAUGAACCCAUCUCGAAUUUCAAGGAAGAACAGCGAGGGUCAGAUUUCGCCCAAUGACUUCAGCCCUGGCCUGUUAGAUCUUCAUUCUCAUGAUACGGAACUUCUGACCGAAAUGCCUGCUCCUGGUCAGUUCAAUGGCUCUCUAUAUCAAUCCUUUCAAAGCAGAAGUUUUGAUGACUUUGAAAUUCCUGCAAGUAAGCAGAAUGGGACUAAUAGAGCUCGUGGUUUGCAAGAGAACAAUCUUUUGAAAAGUAUUGCUGUGGAUAAAGAUAAAACUAGCUCUGUUGCAAAAAUCAAAGUUGUGGUUCGGAAAAGACCUCUUAACAAAAAGGAGUUGGCGAAGAAUGAGGAAGACAUUAUAGAGACGAAUGCAAAUUCUCUAACAGUUCAUGAACACAAAUUGAAGGUUGACCUGACAGAAUAUGUGGAGAAACACAAUUUUGUCUUUGAUGCAGUGCUAAAUGAGGAGGUAUCCAAUGAUGAGGUCUACCAUGAAACAGUAGAACCCAUUGUACCUAUUAUUUUUCAACGUACAAAAGCAACGUGCUUUGCAUAUGGACAAACAGGAAGUGGAAAGACUUACACAAUGAAACCAUUGCCCCUCAGAGCCUCUAAAGACAUUCUACGACUAAUGCACCACACUUACAGGAACCAGGGUUUUCAACUGCUUGUCAGCUUCUUCGAAAUAUAUGGUGGAAAGCUUUUUGAUCUCCUUAACGAGCGAAGAAAACUCUGCAUGAGAGAAGAUGGAAAACAACAAGUCUGCAUAGUAGGUUUGCAAGAAUACCGAGUAUCGGAUGUGGAGAUGAUCAAAGAGCUCAUAGAGAGAGGAAACGCUGCAAGAAGUACAGGUACUACUGGUGCUAAUGAAGAGUCCUCUCGCUCGCAUGCUAUUCUUCAACUUGCUAUCAAGAGAACAGUUGAAGGUGCCGAGUCAAAGCCUCCACGACUUGUUGGCAAGCUUUCCUUCAUUGAUCUUGCUGGGAGUGAACGUGGUGCAGAUACCACAGACAAUGACAAACAGACCAGGAUAGAAGGAGCUGAAAUCAAUAAAAGCUUGCUUGCCUUGAAGGAAUGCAUUAGAGCACUUGACAACGAUCAGAAUCAUAUACCCUUCAGAGGGAGUAAAUUGACCGAGGUGUUAAGGGAUUCUUUUGUUGGAAAUUCAAGGACUGUAAUGAUUUCUUGCAUUUCUCCAAGCUCUGGUUCAAGUGAACAUACUCUUAACACACUAAGAUAUGCUGACAGGGUGAAGAGCCUUUCCAAAGGAAACAAUGCAAAGAAAGAUAUUACACUUCCUACCGCAAAUCUAAGGGAAUCAACAAAUUUACCCCUGUCUUCUGGUUUUCCAACUUUUCUCAAGGGUGACAUAAAUGACGAUUGGCCCCAGUCCGUUGACAGAGAUGAGUAUGAGAUGCCAGAAGAAACUUAUGACCAAACAAAAGUUGUUAGGAAGAAGAGUGGAAAGAGUGAUACAGGGGCCUAUGCUUCUGAGGAUAAAAGAAAAACUGCUAAGUGCCAAGUAAAAUGGAAAGAUGUACCCAAAGUUGAUACAAAUAACUUUGAUUCGGAUGAUGAUGAUCUAAAUGAACUUUUGCAGGAAGAAGAAGAUCUUGUUAAUGCUCAUCGAAGACAAGUUGAGGAGACUAUGGAAUUCGUAAGAGAGGAAAUGAAUCUGUUGGUCGAGGCAGAUCAACCAGGGAACCAACUGGAUGAUUACAUAACCAAACUUAAUGCCAUUUUAUCCCAAAAGGCUGCUGGCAUUGUGCAGCUGCAAACUCGCUUGGCCAAUUUCCAAAGACAGCUGAAGGAACAUAACGUUUUAGUGUCAUCAGAAGCAUUUUAACAUCAGCAAGUCAUCUAUCGAAGAAGACGAAUUGAAUAUAGAGUGGGCCAGCGGCUUUUGCAUAACAGCGCCAGCUAUUGUCGUGCCUUGCUGAUAAGCGUGUUAAUGCAGGAACAUUUUUCAAACCCUCCUGCUCAUAUAUUGCAGCCAUCGAGUUCGAAUCAUAGGUGCUUUCUUAUUACCCCUCGAGGGUUUUUACUACUCUGUUAUUCUUCCUUAAUAACAUGCAUGUCCCGGAGAAGACAUGAGCUCGUUCGUGUGAUUUGUUACUAUGAAAAGAAAAUCUCUUGAACAUUGCACAUCAGUUGGAGCUGUGAGCUUGUUCGUGUGAUUUGUUAAUGAGGUGAUGGCAUUGCAAUGUGCCCUUGUAGCUAAGGCAUUUGUAUUGUUGCUGUAUUGUUACUGUGACCAUUGUGUAUCAUUACUAUCAUUUAUUAUGAUGGAUGUUUACCUCAAAAUUUCAAUGGGGAGAGUUUGCGUUGCGAACCAGUUGAAAAUGAAAUGUUGCGUUUUGUCGAUGUGAUUUUCUCUCCCAUGUUACCUAAAACUACUAUUUUAUCCUUCAUAUGAAGUUCGAGAAUAUGAGUGGCCUCCUCCAUUGACGACUUCAACCUUUACAACUCACAACAUCAUUGAAUUAUGUGGAGGGAUUAAACUUAUGUCGAAACCAUUUCUAUGGCUUGUUUGAUCUACUACUUGUGCUAGGCUCUUUUGGCAAUUUACAUGUUCAUUUUCGUAUAAUUCUUUUGGAAUCGCAAACGAUCGCUGAUGAUAAAAAGCUCAACACCUCUCAUAUUUAUUAC